CAGAGACGAGAGAAGGAGAGGGAGAGACAGAGAGAACUGGAAAGAGAGAGUGAGGCCGCGAGACAAAAAGAGGAUCUUCGGAGGGAAUUUGAAGGACUUGAAGAGAAGGUGAGACAAAGAGACAUUGAACGACAACAAGAACAAGAGAGACAAGCGGAGGAGGAAAAGAGACAGAAAGAACUAGAAAGAGAGAGGGAGGACGCAAGACAAAAAGAGGAAAUUCAGAAAGAACUAGUAAGACAGAACAAGAUUGGCAGAAAGGCCAAACAGGAGAUGGAGGAUGCAAAAGAAAAAGAAGCACUGAAAAGGAAAGUUGAAGAACUUGACCAGAUAGAGAGACUGAAAGAGACUAAAAGACAGCAAGAACAGGAGAGACAGGAGGAGGAAGGGAGACAGAAAGAACUAAAAAGAGAGAGGGAGGAGGAGAGACACAAAGCAGACAUGCAGAGGGAACUUGACAAAAAGGGAGAAAUCCAAGAAGAGCAGCGGACUGAAGCAGAGGACCACAGACUUGCCAUGAAGACAGAGCAACAACAAGUGGUCACUGAGGAAAGAAGGGGUGAGGUUGGAGAAAUGGAUCAAAUGGAGCAAGACAGUGAGCAGGAAAGGAAAAGGCUCGAGACGGAAAGCCAAGAGGAGGGAAGAAAAAGAGAGAUGGAAAUAAAAAUGGAGGAGAGGAGGCAGAGAGAAGAGCAUAGAAAAGCCAUGGAGCUGAGAUGGAGACAAAAAGGAGACAGGAGAUGGAAAGAGAAAGAAUUGAAGAGACAGAAAGAGCUUGAGAAAAAGUCAGAGGAAGAGGUCAAACAACAUGAGGAGAAAGGAGACAAGGAGAAAGAGUGGAUGGAGGCGGAAAUGGAGAGACUAAAAGAGAGGGACAAAACCCAGUUGGCCAGGUUAUAUAAAAUGAGAGAAAAAGCUGCAGAUAACUUUUGGCUCCAAACAACAUUGGACAAGCAAAUAGAGUUGGUUAAAGAUAGGGAGAGAAUUAUGAGAGAGGAUGCAAAAAUGAAAGAAUCAGAGAAGAGAUGGGAGGAGGAGGAAAGACAACGGCAGGAAUGCGGACAAGAGUCCGAUGAGGCAAGACGACAGUGGCAGGAGAAGCAUAGACUAGCAGUCAUGAGGAGAAAGAGAAUAGGAGAGCCAUCGAGGAAAGGAGUCAGUACAGGAGAGAAGAGGAGCAAAGAAUAAAAGAGAUGGAACUAGAAAUGAAAAGGCAAGAGAAACUCAAGGAGGAGAAAAUAGCAGAUACCAAGGAGGAUUGCACAGUCGUAAAGAAGGACGAUGCAGAAAUGAAACGCAAAAGCAGAGAGAAGGUUAAGAAUGCGUGGGGGCCAGAGAAGGAAGUGACAGAGAAGGAAGUGUCAGAGAAGGAAGUGACAGAAAAGGAAGUGACAGAGAAGGAAGGGUCAGAGAAGGAAGUGACAGAGACUGAAGAGUCAGAUAAGGAAGAGUCAGAGACGGAUGAGUCAGAUAAGGCACAGUCAGAGACAAGUAAGAAAUGUUUUUGUGAUGUGAAAGUGUACUAUAUAAUGAUGUCAGAAUGAUUUAAUUGAGACACUGUUGUAGGCUUGACAAUCGUUAUUCUGUGUGCUCUAAACCACGUUGAAGUAUUUAAUGCUUGUCUCUUGUAAACAGACAAGGAGAAGAAACGUGGUUUCUGGAGACAGUUCUGGCAGAAAGUAAAACCAAAAAAGAAGGCAACAAAAGAGGA